AUGAAGAUGGAGAGGGACAGUCCUGCUAAUCUGCACGACCCUUUCGAGGAAGUCCAAUCGCCUUCUCGGCCCCUGGCAUCUCAUAUUCAUCAUACAAAAAGGGAUGAUGGUAGAGAUACCAAAGAUUAUGAGAACCCCCGCAUCAUAAAUGGGUUAACCAAGAAGUUGUCUGGAUGGGGAUGGUUGUCACCGGAACGCGAAGGUCGAUCUCCAUCAGAAACAUCACUGUCCGGUCUAGAUUCUACGACUGUUGGGCCGGAUCAGACACCAGGAACUCCAGCAUCAAACCACGAAGCAAAAGCGGCACUCCAUAAAUCGUUCACAGAUAAUUAUGGGAAAUUCAGCAAAGUUCUCCACUACGACAACUCCAAUACUGUCCAAUUAUACGAAAGAAAAACACUAGUUCCGCAGAAUCAAUCGCCUGGGAAAUAUCCUUCGAGUCCUAUGAUGACGAGGAUACGGCGUGCUUCUGGAAUCAAUACGAUUAAAGAGCUCUACGCAAUCAAGGUGUUCCAUCAUGCCCAAUCCAUCACCCCAUUUCUGGCCAGUAAUCAAAGUCGAUCUUUACUGUUACGUCAUCCCAAUAUUGUCUCGAUUAUCGGCAUUCUCUACAAUGAACAAAAGAAUAUUUGUCUUGUCAUGCCGUACUAUACAGGCGGCACCCUACACUCCUUCCUCUUCCUACGAGGGCCACGAGGAAAAGUUUCGGACGAAGAACUAAAUUGCUGGGCUAUUCAAAUCCUACGCGCAGUCGCAUUCUUACACGAUAACAAUAUUGCCCAUGGAGACUUGAGACCAGAACAUAUUUUCUUGACGGCCGCAGGCGCAGUAAAGGUAGGUGGAUUCGGUGAAGAUGUAGAUGCGGUCCGAGAAUUGUCCGAUCUAUUACAUGAUGAUCAUCCUACUUCGCCUCUUCCCGAUUCAAAGCCCAGACGGUACUCAGCUCUGACUUCUGCCUAUAAGCCGAAAAUGUGCAUUCGGAAAGGGCUCUCGGAGCUGAGUGUCCCUUAUCUUCCACCAGAGAGAAGUUUCGGUCGACGCGGCUCUAGACGUCAAAGUUAUCCACAUGGAGAAGGCACCGAUAUCAGAGCUGGAGAUGUAUGGGCAUGUGGUAUGCUCUACAUGACCAUGUUGACUGGUCAACUUCUCUGGCGCAGCGCUCAGGCGGACACUCAUGAUAAAAAGUAUGCCAAGUAUCUCAAGUGUCGCACGACGGAUGAAGGUUAUGGUCCUAUACAAGUCCUGGGGACUCGUUGCCGAAAUGUUAUUUACGCGAUGUUGCACCCUGAUUGGGGAUCGAGAAUUACCGCGGCAGAAGUUUUGAUGUCCGAAUGGGCCCUUAGUGUCGCAGUUUGUGGAAUUGGAGAGACGGGUGAUUGA